AUCAGUUUAUGAUAGGCGGAAAAGCUUAAACGGCAGCAGCAGCAGCAGUAACACCAGCACCAACAGCAGCAGCAGCGGCAGCUGAUGUUGCCUUUCUCUGCAGACACGCUUAUACCAUUCUGUUGACAACAUGGUCAAUUUGGGAUUUACCAGGAUGUUAUGCAUCGUCUAUGUUUUAUGUGCGAUCUCUUGUUGCACAGGGAAAAUAGAAUUUGUUCGCUAUCCACAAAAUGCCGUUGUGAACCUCGGUCAAUCAUCAUUCACACUAAGCUGCCUUGCAAAAUCGACACAGAAAAAUAAACUUCACUACAAAUGGACACUGAAUGGCCAUGAUGUCCGUAGUCAACCUGAUGGUCAUGACCAGACAGGCCCUUCAUUAGUUCUGCAUAAUGUUCGCCAUGGUGAUUAUGGAUGGUACCAAUGUAUUGUCAGUGAUCCAGUAAACACAGAAGAAAAGGUAGUGUCCCCCAAGGCAUAUGUCAUUCAACCAUUUCUUGGCAGUUUUCAAAACCAUCCAGAGUCUGGUAUAGUGCGUGUUGGGGAAUCAGUUGUUCUAAGCUGUUUGACAGGAAGAAGUGUGCCUCCUGCUCGAGUCUACUGGGAGAAAGAUGGGAUUAUAUUCAAAAGUGGCACCCAGAAAUCCGAAACCACGAAAAUAAUAGGUCAACCACUUAUAACAGAGACAAAUAUGACUUUGAAAAUUACUGCCACCGAUGUUGUGUCUGGAGAAUAUAUCUGUGUUGCUGAGAACAACAUGACUGGAGAUAUUUACAGGAGUGACCCAGGGAGUAUACAGUCGGCAGUGCUAUUACAUGAAUUUAACAAGGAACCCGAAGACAUGACCGUUCAGUUAGGAGACCAUGCCAAACUAGCAUGCAGUCCACCCCACAGUGUGCCGCCAGCUACAGUCACAUGGUACAAGGACAAUAAAAAGAUGGACUUCAAUUCUGACUCCCUGCCAGAAGAUAGUGACUGGGAUUUGAAAUUUGAGAGUGUACGCUAUGACGAUUCUGGGGAAUAUUUCUGUGUCGCCUUCAAUAAUUACACUUUACCGCAAACACGGACAUCUCUGACUGCCAUCUUGUCAGUUGUGGGUCCACCACAAAUACUUGAAGCACCAUCAAGCCAAAAUGUUAUCCAGAAAAUGUCUAUGAAACUUGUGUGUAGAGUGGAAGGACAUCCAAUUCCAGUAGUCAGCUGGUACCAUAAUGAUAUGAAGUUGUCUGCAACUUCGAGAAUAUUUCUAAGAAACUCAAAUCAGGAAUUCUGGGUAACCAAUGUGAACAAAGCAGAUGAAGGAGAAUACCGAUGUGAAACUUGGAACAAAUACGGGAAUAGGUCUGCUGUGGCAACGGUUCAUGUUGCUGUUCCACCUGUGAUAUUGCUACCAAUCGGACAUGUUAUUGCGGAAGAAAAUUCAACCAAAAUUUUGAACUGUCAAGUUUAUGGUGACCCACACCCACUGGUUUUUUGGGCUAAAGAUGGGGUACCAUUGCUAACCAUCAAUAGCAGAUUAAAAGUUUUAGACACCGGACUAAAGAUCAUCAAUAUCUCCCAUGCUGAUGAAGGAAAUUACACCUGUACAGCUGUAAAUGAUGCUGGCAACCAAUCAACUACAGGAGUUCUUUCAAUUGAAGCUCCUGCCAAAACACAAGUUUCCCAUAGGGCACCAAAGAUGGAUGGUCCACAUUUUGUGAAAUACCCUGUAGAUACAGUGUCUCAGAUAGGAGAACCUGUAACGUUUUCAUGUGACACAGAUGAUGAUCCAAAACCACAUAUUUAUUGGACAUUCAAUAACACUGUUUCUUUUCCCCCAACUGUAAAUAUAUCCAAAGAUGGACGCAAACUCUACAUUAAAUCGAUGUCAUGGAAAGAGAUAGGAAAAUACAUGUGCUUUGCUGAAAAUUUACAGGCUGUGAGAAACAAAACAGCUCAUUUAUAUUUAAGAGAGAGCGCUACUACACACAAACCUGAAAAGAAAUCAAGAAACAAGUCACUCAACAAGGGAGGUAAUGAAGCUUAA